UGCCGGUUGGUGCGCUCUCAAGCGGUUAUACCUAAGCGAGCUCUGAAUGGCCACCGCCGUCCACCCGGCGGCGGCUCUCCCCGCCACCGCCGCGCCGUCGCCGCCCCGUCCUCCACCCGGCCGCGCAGAUCUCGGCCACGUGCCGCAGCUCCACGCGGCUCUAAUCAAGUCCGGGGAGCUCACCGCCUCGCCCAAAUCCUUCCACUCCCUCCUCGAGGCCGCCGCCGACGGCGCCUCGCCGGCGCAACUCGCCUACGCGGUCCGCCUGUUCCGCCUGGGGCCCCGGCCGCCCCUAUCGGCGCCGUGCUACAACGUCCUCAUGCGCGCGUUCCUCCGCGCGGGCCACCUGGAGGACGCGCUGCUCCUGUUCGUCGAAAUGCUCGACGAGGCUUCCAUCUGGCCGGACCAGCACACCGUCGCCUGCGCCCUCAAGUCAUGCUCCAGGAUGUGCUCUCUGGAUGCAGGGCGCGGCGUCCAGGCUUACGCCGUCAAACGUGGGCUCAUGGUCGAUCGGUUCGUGUUGAGCAGCUUGAUACAUAUGUACACGAGCUGUGGGGAUGUCACAGCGGCGCGGGUGCUGUUCGACGCUGUGGAUGAUAAGGGUGUGGUAAUUUGGAACACAAUCAUGGCAGGAUACUUAAAGAAUGGAGAUUGGAAGGAGGUGGUUGAGAUGUUUAAGGGCAUGCUUGAGGUUGGGGCACCCUUUGAUGAGGUCACAUUGGUAAGUGUCGCCACAGCAUGCGCGCGAGCAGGUGAUUCCAAACUUGCCAAUUGGAUUGGGGGCUAUGUGGAAGAGAAGGGGAUGCUGCGGAACUGGAACUUGGUGACCACGCUGGUGGACAUGUAUGCCAAGUGCGGCAAACUUGGUGAGGCACGGAGGUUGUUUGACAGGAUGCAGUCUCGUGAUGUGGUUGCUUGGAGUGCAAUGAUCUCAGGCUACACACAGGCAGAUCAGUGCCAGGAGGCGCUUGCUCUUUUCAGUGAGAUGCAGGUCUCUGAGGUGGAACCGAAUGAUGUGACCAUGGUCAGUGUGCUCUCUGCUUGUGCUGUCCUAGGUGCACUUGAGACAGGGAAGUGGGUGCAUUCAUAUAUAAGAAAGAAACAUUUGCCUCUCACUGUUGCACUUGGUACCGCGUUGGUGGACUUCUACGCGAAGUGUGGGUGCAUUGAUAGUGCAGUUGAGGCGUUUGAGUCAAUGCCUGUGAAGAAUUCCUGGACAUGGACGGCCUUGAUAAAGGGCAUGGCAAGCAAUGGAAGGGGCAGGGAAGCACUAGAGCUCUUCUCAUCCAUGCGCGAGGCCAGUAUUGAGCCCACAUAUGUGACAUUCAUCGGUGUCCUCAUGGCUUGCAGUCACAACUGCUUAGUUGAAGAGGGUUGCCAGCAUUUUGACAGCAUGACUCAGGAUUAUGGAAUCCAGCCAAGAAUUGAGCACUAUGGCUGUGUUGUGGAUCUGUUGGGGCGGGCUGGUUUGAUCGAUGAGGCGUAUCAGUUUAUCAGAGCCAUGCCAAUUGAGCCUAAUACAGUUAUCUGGAGGGCACUGCUGUCUUCCUGCGCACUUCAAAAAAAUGUUGAAGUUGGGGAAGAAGCACUGAAGCAGAUCAUCUCAUUGGACCCUAGUCAUAGUGGCGACUACAUACUUCUGUCAAACAUCUAUGCAUCAGUUGGUCGAUGGAAGGAUGCAGCAAUGAUUCGAAGGGAAAUGAAGGAUAGGGGGAUUCAGAAAACUCCUGGGUGCAGUCUCAUUGAGCUGGAUGGUGUGGUCUUUGAGUUCUUUGCUGAAGACAGUAACCACUCCCAGUUGAGGGAGAUAUACGAUAAAGUUGAGGAGAUGAUUGACAAGAUCAAGAUGGCCGGAUAUGUCCCAAAUACAGCUGAUGCAAGGCUAGAUGUUGAUGAGUGUGAGAAGGAAGUGUCUGUUUCCCAUCACAGUGAGAAACUGGCCAUUGCGUUUGGUCUGAUGAAGUUGCGCCCUGGCACCACAAUUCGCUUAUCGAAGAAUCUGAGAGUGUGCACAGACUGCCACUCAGCCACAAAGCUGAUUUCAAAGGUGUACAAUCGAGAGAUUGUUGUUCGAGACCGGAAUAGAUUUCAUCAUUUCAAGGAUGGCUCUUGCUCCUGCAAUGAUUACUGGUGAUAGGCUGAUAGCAGUUUUCUGUAUUUGUGCUGAAGACCUUUCUUUUGGAUAAGGAUAGACACAGGCGCACCUGCCCAUUGGAGGGAGUGGAAGCCAGAUUAACAUAGUAACGUGUAAAUAGAAGACUACUGCUUUUAGUGUUUCUGAAACCUUUAAACUUUGCUAGCCUGCAUCAAGUUCUUCUGUUCAAGUGUAGGUAAGCCCAUGAACAAUACUUGUGAAGCUCGUGUAUAGUACGAUUGUGUACAGAUUAUUACUGUGUUACGCAUGAAUACCAAUAAGAGCUAACCUAUUCCAUUUCA